AACACAAACGAUAAUUCUUAACUAAAUAGAAUAUUUUAAAAUGGCCAGGCUCCAUGGUAUGGUUCUUCUCAGUUUAUUGGUUCUUUCGGGUUUACUUAUAAUAACCGAGAGUCGGGUUGCAAGAAAGGACUUGGGGAUAGGUGUUGGACUGGGUGUUGGGUUGGGAAUUGGUCUUGGUGGUGGCUCGGGAUCUGGUGCUGGUGCUGGGGCUGGUUCAGGCUCUCGGUCUAGUUCAUCAUCUAGCUCAAGCUCAUCUUCGAGUUCAAAUUCUGGUGGUUCAGGUGGCUCGGCUGGAUCGUCUGCUGGUUCUUUUGCCGGUUCAAGGGCUGGAUCAGGAUCUGGUAACUAAAUCCACAAGUUAUGUUUUCCAAACAAUGAGGGAAACUGAAUAAGUGAAUGUAAUGUUUUUAUUUUUCCUAUAAUGAUGGUUUGAAGUGUACGCUAUAGUAGCUAAAAUUGUGUGGAUUGGAUUAAUCAUCCAUGUUAUUUCCUUGCAAAAAAAAAGUUGUCUUGACGGGA